AUGGAUCAACAGGGACAAUCCGGGGUUCCCGGCCCCGCGGGGCGCAAGCUCCAUAUUGCCCACAGAAGAAGCCCGUCUGAACUGACCCCUCUGAUGAUGGAACAACUGGCAAUCCAGCAGCAGAUCGAGCUCCUUCAGCAGCAACAGCAGCAGAUCGCAGCCACGCAUCAGCAGUAUGUUAACAUGGGAUUGUUACAACCACAACAGCUGGGCCAGGUGUCGGGAUUCCCUCCCUCCAUGCAGGGCGGUGCUUCCAUGGGAGGAGUUUCGCCUCAGCUUAACGCCUUCCAAUUUCCGCAGCUCGCCCAACAGCAGCAGCUCGGUGUACCCAUGAACCCCUCGACCCAACACUCGCACAGACGCAAUCAGUCGGCCCUCCCAGGACUCGGCAUGGGCCCCCCUCCUGCCCCCUCAUCGGGGGCCUCGGGUUAUUCUGAUUACGGUCAGCAGCAACAGGGUCACCAACCCAAGAACGAGAACGGAGGCCAUGGCCGUGGGCGAGGAGGUCCCCCUGGCGGUGGCCACCAGCGACGCCAUUCGCUUGCGCUUCCCGAAGCCAAGAAGGCUGCGGAGCUUGCCCAACAGAAGAGGACGGCCUCCGGCUUCCAGUUCCCUCCCCCCAGUAGCACCCCUGGUGACUCUGAGAGCCCUCAAGGGUCUGAUGAGAAAUUGACCCCCACCGGACUGCAGCCCCCCCAGGGACUGGGUCUUCACCGCGCAGGCAACAUCCGGGCGGGCGGCCAUGGUCGCAGUCAAUCAAUGGCUGUGGGCGGAAACCGAGGUUCUUUGUCUGGUCGUGGUGCCGGUGGCUUCCAGUUCCCUCAAUCUGGUGAUGGAGAAAACCAACGCCGUGGCAGUCAGCAAGGUCACGCCCGGUCUUCUUCCAGAAACUUUGACGGCAAUUGGCGCCAACCGAACAACCAACCUCAAGGCCAGGAUCAGCAGAAGGGCUUUGGACAACAGAGUGGUGGUUUCCAGCCAGGCCACCGUACCCGUGCUUCGAUGAACCAGUCCAUCGGCUCCAUUGGAUCUUUCCAAUACCCCGGUCAGCCCCAGCUCAUUCAACUGCCUCAAGGCCAGGUGGUCAUGGCCCCGCCUCAGAUGUUUGGCGGUGGUCAACAGCUCAACCCCCUGCAGCUCGCCCAGCUUCAAGCUCUGCAGCAGAACGGUCAGUUGAACGGCCAAAGCCUCGGUCUACAGGCUAGCCAGCAUGCUCCGCCCCAGCUGUCUGCUCAACAGCAGCAGCAACAGCAGCAGCAGCAACGAAAAACUCUCUUUACUCCUUACUUGCCCCAGGCCAACCUGCCUGCUCUACUGAGCAACGGUCAGUUGGUUGCUGGUAUCCUUCGCGUGAACAAGAAGAAUCGUUCCGACGCCUACGUCACGACUCCGGAUUUGGACGCCGAUAUCUUCAUUUGCGGAAGCAAAGAUAGAAACCGUGCCCUUGAGGGUGACUAUGUUGCCAUCGAACUUCUGGAUGUUGACGAAGUGUGGUCGCAGAAGAAAGAAAAAGAGGAAAAGAAAAAGCGCAAGGACAUCACGGAGGCCCGUGCUGGCAGCAAUGCUGGAACUGACAAGCUGUCUCGGUCUGACUCCGGCCCCAACGGGGACCGCCAGGAGGUCGGACCUGACGGGAGCAUCCGUCGCCGUGGCAGUCUCCGCCAGCGCCCGACCCAGAAGAAGAAUGAUGACGUCGAGGUUGAGGGCCAGAGCCUUCUCUUGGUCGAAGAAGAUGAAAUCAGCGACGACCAGAAGCCCCUCUACGCCGGCCACGUCGUGGCUGUUAUCGAGCGCAUUGCUGGCCAGAUGUUCUCGGGAACACUUGGUCUCCUCCGUCCCAGUAGCCAGGCGACGAAGGAGAAGCAGGAGGCCGAGCGGCUGGCCAGAGAUGGUGGCCACGGCGGCCGUCAGCAGCAGGACCGCCAGCAGGAUAAACCCAAGAUUGUCUGGUUCAAGCCUACCGACAAGCGUGUUCCUUUGAUUGCUAUUCCCACAGAACAGGCUCCUCGGGACUUCGUUGAGAAGCACCAGGAUUACGCGAACCGCAUUUUUGUUGCGUGCAUCAAGCGGUGGCCCAUUACCUCCCUCCACCCAUUCGGUACCCUUGUUGAGCAGCUCGGUGAAAUGGGUGACCUGAGGGUGGAAACCGAAGCUCUUCUGCGUGAUAACAACUUUGGCUCCGACGAGUUCUCUGAUGCUGUCCUCAAGAGCAUUGGCUGGGAGGACUGGUCCGUUUCCAGCGAGGGCGACGCCGUUUUGACUUCUCGCCGUGAUUACCGCCAAGAGACUACGUUCACCAUUAACCCGGGCGCUACCAAGGAGCUCGACAAUGCGUUCCACUUCAAGCCUCUCGACGAUGGAAAGGUCGAAGUCGGCAUCCACGUUACCGACAUUGCCCACUUUGUCAAGGGCAACUCUCUGGUUGACCGCGAAGCCAAGAAGCGGGGCACUGCUGUUUAUCUCGUGGACCGCCUCGUGAACAUGCUGCCCCCCCGUGUCUCCACUGAGCUGUGCGCCCUCCUUCCGGGAGAGGAUCGUUUUACCGUCAGUGUUGUUUUCAAGGCCAACCCUGAGACCGGUGCCAUUGAUGAUGACGUCUGGAUCGGUAAGGCCAUCAUCAAGAGCUCCGGCAAACUCAGCUAUGAAGAGGUUGAUGCCGCGAUUCAGGGUACCUCCAAUCUCGCCGCUCCUGGAGUCCCCACCGAUCUUGUCAGAGCUCUCUACGCUAUUUCGUCCAAGUUCAGAGAGGCAAGGCUGGGUAACCGGGCUUCCAACAUCCCCCCUCUUCGCCUGUUGCAUCAGCUGGAUGACGAGAAUGUGCCGGUUGAGAACAACAUUUUCGACUCUUCCCCUGUUCGGGAACUCGUGGAGGAGUUGAGCUACAAGGCUAACUUCUUGGUUGCCCGUAAACUGGUCACUGCUUUGCCUGAGAAGGCCUUCCUGCGCCGCCAGUUGCCGCCAAGCUCGCGUCGCCUUCACCUCCUUGUUGAGCGUAUGAACAGACUUGGCUUUGAGCUGGACCCCGCUAGCAGUGGAACUCUGCAGAGCAGCCUCUGCAAUGUCCAGGAUGACGAGCUGCGUAAGGGAAUGGAAACGAUUCUUAUGAAAGCUAUGCAGCGUGCGAAGUACUUUGUCGCUAGCAGCGUGCAAGACGAGCGUGUGCAUUACACCCUCAACCUGCCCGUGUAUACUCAUUUCACGAACCCCUCUCGCCGGUAUGCGGACAUCAUGGUUCAUCGCCAGUUGGAAGCUGUUCUGUCGAACGGCGCGAUCGAAUUCUCAGACGACCUGGAGUCUCUGAACAAGACCGCAGAUUUGUGCAACAACAAGAAGGAUUCCGCGCACAAUGCUCAGGAGCAAAGCGUCCAUAUCGAAGCAUGCAGGAAUAUGGACAAGGAGCGACAGGAGCUUGGUGGUGACCUCAUCAGCGAGGGUAUCGUGAUCUGCGUCUACGAGUCCGCUUUCGACGUUCUCAUCCCGGAGUACGGCUUCGAGAAGCGUGUCCACUGCGAUCAGCUGCCCUUGAAGAAGGCUGAGUACCGCAAGGACUCACGUGUGCUGGAGCUUUACUGGGAGAAGGGUGUGCCGUCGUCCGCUUACAUUCCUGAAGACGAGCGGCCGAAGCCCGGGAACUCCCGUGCUGCCCAGGCUGCCGCGGCUGCGCGCGAAGCAGAAGCUGCCAGAGAACGUGCCCGCGAGCGCGAGGAGGCCAUGCGCAGACAGACUGAGACUGGCACCAUGUCUGCUGAUGAUGUGGAUGCCCUGUUUGACGACGAUGACGAUGUCUCCGAAGUUACCGAGAUGGCUGCGGGCGUGUCUUUGAACUCGUCUGCCGACCGCUCGACCCAGAGCAUGCCCCCGUCGCCCACUCGCAACGGUCAUCUCCAGCAAGCGCCCCACCGCACGCGCUCUGAUCCGAAGAUUGCGACGAUCAGCGGCGACGCUCCCGAGGCCAAGUUGACGAACAAGGAGAAGUACCUGCGGCUGUUCAAGCUCCGGGAAGAGGAUGGCGAGUAUAUCCAGGACGUCACCGAGAUGACCCGUGUCCCUAUCAUCUUGAAGACCGAUUUGAGCAAGAGCCCUCCGUGCCUCACUAUUCGCUCGGUCAAUCCCUAUGCGCUGUAA